CAGAAAUCCUGCCUAGCAGAGGAGGACAUUGCAAUUGCAAAAGUCCGACCCUGGAGGCUCCCUUGGAACUUAUUGUUACUUCUCCUAUCUACUUAACGGAUGCUGGCUGUCAAAAUGCUUAUCGAUUGGUGGAAACUUUUCGCUGACAUUGGCCUGAUCCGGACUCUGACUCUGAGGAAGGCGCGGCGCUGGUAGCCCCGCUCAGUACCUUACCUUAGCCAAGUACACCUCUUUCUUUCUCGCCGACAUCAUCAUCGGCUUGCCCAUCGAUAGCUCUUGCCAGUUCCGGCGGAAGGAUACGAUAUCCAAACGAAGCGAAUUCGAUCAAGUUACAGUAGACGCCGUGACUCGGUGACGCGGCGGGCGAGAUGGGCUACAUCAUUAGGGAUGAUGACUGGUCCUCAGACGACUCGGACGUUGACGGAUACUCCAGCGACCGCAGGUAUUACAGCUCGGAUUCCGUUCAAUCUACCCGGGUGAAUCCUACUGGGAAACACAAGGGCAAUGAUUCACCAACUGCGCCCGCGCCACUGACGAACUGGAAAUCAGCCCCGGACUGGCCUAGUAUCAGCCGGACCCCGUUGAGCCCCGACGAUAUCGCUCGGCUGAGGAUGCUGUCAAACACCGUGCCCCUUGAUGCUAGUGGUACCGAUGCAACGACAGCGCGUUCCGACAGUGUCCAUGAAGACGUCUUCUGCACACACGUGGCUCAUGGUCGGGAAAUCCACCUCACUCCAAUGGUUCUUGCCAACUUCUCGACGAUCCCAGAGCGGGCGAAAGAUCGAAUGUUCCGCUGGACCCGAGAUUCCAUUACGCUUUCUAAUUUCAAGAGGGCCCUGGCAGUCAAGGUCCUCGAAUCGGUGGAACGGGCCCACGUUGAAAGAUCUGGUUCGGCAGUGGUCGUCAAACUUGGGACAACUGUCCGUCUCGAGGCAGACGCGCAAGACCUUGACCAAGCACCCUACGUGUUGUUCACGUGCUUCCCCUUUCUGGAAGCGAAUCCCGAACCAACCGGACGCCUCGCGACGACCACAGAAUCCAGCCGUCGAAUGGCGUCAAAUUGGACGCAGGGUCUCAUGCAGUCGCAGUAUCCCUACGUCAUGUUGGAGAACCGGGAUCAGGAGCAGCUUGUCCGCCAACACAAUGUGUUAGGCCGUAAGCAGGUCUUGCAGGUGUCUCAGUUCUGGGCACUGACUUUCAGCGAUGGAUUACUCGUCACUUGCAGCAGAAUACCCAAGGAGGCACUUCAACCUGGAAUUCAAAAGUCCCUGAGCCUCAGCUUUGACCCUGAUACGUUGCACGUUCGGGUUGUUGAUGCCUUCAGCCGAUCGUUCUGUUUCUCGAUCCGACGGCCAUCAACCUUAUUGGACCUCGAGGCAGCCCUGCACGAGAUUCUCGAGUCCGAUAACUCCCGAGUGCUAGGGGAUUAUAACAUAUACGCAAAGAUUCCCGAGGCGCAACGACUGGUUUCGAUUGCAAAGGUACUGGAGUCAGGCCAGACUGCGCAAAGUCUGCUCAUUCGAGUUUCGCCAUCAGAAUCUGCUCCGGACAAGGUCAUAGACGGCGACCGCUGGGCUGUAUGCCACCCCGCGCAGAUCAGCAUAACCAAAGUCAGUGUGCCACCAUGGAAUCCACCGACGACCUCUCUUUCGCCACCCAAUGUCCCGUCUUUUUUCACGUGGCCAAGCUCGGCGGAUCCAAGGCGUGGUAAAAGAACAGAAGAGUGGUGGCUCGACCACGCGGAUGGGGACUUUGUGGCGGGACGUGUACCGCCGCAGUGGAAGGUCAAACGCCCGCUGUUGAGGCCGGACAACUCCGAGGAGGCUACCACACGAUCUGAAAGCGACGCUCGUUGUCUUUUAGACGAACUCGGUACCGCAAAUCGUUCCUCGGAUAAUGGUGUAGAUGAGCGACUUGGCGAACUGGAAGGAAUGGACUUGAUGUGGAGAAAGGACCGUCUGUACAAAACUCUCCAGACUUGCGUCGACCGGGUUUCUGACCUCCUGGGCGCAUUCUCCAGCAACCAGACCGAGGACUCCCCGAUCCCGAGGUGCUGGGGCGCGGUCUACUCCGUCAUCUCAACUGUCAAGAGUGUGAGCGCUGAAGCUUUGAAAACGCCAGGCGACCAAAAGAAAACCUGGCUGGCCGUCAAUCGCAGAUGCCCAUAUCGACGAGGCGUCUGGAAGCGGUCUUCCGUCAGUGGCAAGGAUAGUGACUGGGAGUCGGCUUGGUUGCGCCCGCCUGACGAAACCAGUGAUGCCGGCGUUUAUUCCUACUUUGUCGACGAGCAUGCUAUGCAGCCCGAGAUGCCACGGUCUCUUACCGCGUUGUCCCUUGUGGUUUCGCUGGAAAGUUGUUACAAGUGCAGUCGGGCGCAGGAAUAUUGCUCCGUUGAUCGGCUUCGCAGGCACCUCCGGGACAAACACUUUGACGCGAGGGAGAGAAUGCGACCAGGGUUUGAGCAGGAAACCUGGGCAUUCAUGACGAGUUCAGACAGGUGGGCUACGGAAUUAAAGCUGCACUACCUGGAGCUUCUCGUGUUCAUGGCCGCAUACACAACCAAGAAAUUGCUCGACCGCUGCCUUCAUCUCCAGCACGGAGUGAUGGACAUGAAUUCGAACAAGGACCCCAAGUACCUGAUGUGGCAAGAAAUUUACUGGGCAUUUCUUGCCGUUGUUCACUUUAUAGUCUCUUUGGAGAGAGCCGCUGAGCAUAUCGACAAGACACUCAAUAACGCCACGCCAGAUUGGGAACCGAUUAUAAAUCUACCACCCGCCUUCGAAACGGUGACUCGGUAUGCGGCCAUAGCCAUGACUGCCCUGGACGACGCUCGACUUGACCUUUAUCGUGCGGUCCAGAUGUCGGCUGGAGAUGAGCAACACAGCAUUCCACCGUCCAUCACAUUUGGAUCCAACGUCACCCUAUGUGGUAUCUUGUCUAUUCUCGCCACCAAGCCAAUAACCGUAGAUGAGUGGACCACGGAAGGGGUAGUGCAUCUUUACCAAAAGGCCCAAACGUCUCUGUCCCUGUAUGCAAACAUGCGGCCUACCAAACGACUUCUUCGAUCAAUCCGCUUCGGACGCGAGGAACUCACCGCCAUCCAGCAACUCUACUCGUGUCAAGAGCGCGCCAUUAAAGAUUUUGUGCUUUUAUGCGCCGACAACACCUACGCCACUCGGAGCAAGCGUCGGGCGAACCAGUACCAGUUCGCCGAACAGAUGGAGAAGGCCAUUCUAUCACACCUUGCCGAGGAGUCGAGGCGUCUCGACGAGCUUGCCAAGACGUUUGCCCGGCUCGACGAGCGGACGUCCUGGAACAUUGAGAUUUACGAGUCGGACCACAACAAGGCCAUCUUCUUGUUUGGCGUCGUCGCCCUCAUCUUCGUGCCGCUCUCGUUCUUCACGAGCUACUUUGGCAUGAACACGGUCGACAUCCGCGACAUGGACGCCGACCAGGGCGACUUUUGGAAGACGGCGUUGCCGAUAUCGGCAGCCGUGGUCGGCUCGGCGCUGGUCUUUGCGUAUUAUGGGGAGCAUAUCCGAAACUGGCUGUCGCAGCUGCCGUUGGUCUUUGAACGGCCUGUGGCCAGUGACGGGGGCGAGGUUGGCACUGUCAAGCGCGAUGGCUUUCGUGGCGUCGAUGGUAUAUUUCAGCUGCCGCCGCCGCCGCCGCCGCCACAGCCUGCGCUGUCUGCUGAAGAGGCGCAAGUUUUGCAAGUCUUCAUACAAGGUCUCAAGGAGGCAGACUAAGGGGAAGGAGAGUCCGGGCGGCGAAGCCGUGAAUAUGGA